UCCGGACAACUGCAACUCUCCUCUCAUUUUGUAAGUGUAGCCAGUCAAAGUUUAUAACAUCGAUUUUAGUAUCAGCGCUUCUGUGUUGAGAAUUCACACAGAGAAGGCUAAUUUGUAGUAUUUAUAACCACUAAUCUGGGAAUUGUUGGUUUGGUAAAUUGAGUUUAGGGAUCCUUGAAGCUAUGUUGAGUAGGUUGUCAAGGCGUUGCUAUUGCACUUCUGUUCAUCGGCCAUGGCUGUUUUUGGGAUUGGGCAAUCCAGGGGACAAAUACAAAGGGACUAGACACAACAUUGGGUUCGAAAUGAUUGAUGUUUUUGCUGAGUCACUGGGUAUUCAGAUGAACCUGGUAAAUUUCAAGGCUAUAAUGGGACAAGGUUUCGUGGACGAUCUCCCUGUUAUCCUGGCAAAGCCGCAAACCUACAUGAACUUGAGCGGUGAAUCAAGUGGACCUCUCGCGGCUUAUUACAAGUUACCUCUCAAUCGUGUGCUUGUGGUGCAUGAUGAUAUGCAAUUGCCAUGUGGUGUUCUUCGUCUUCAAGAAAAAGGAGGCCAUGGAUGUCACAACGGGUUAAAAAGUGUAAUGAACCAUUUCCGAGGCAACAGGGAAUUUGCAAGGCUACGAAUCGGAAUUGGAAAUCCUCCAGGACAAAUGGACCCAAAGGCAUUCUUAUUGCAGAAGUUUAGCAUGCCAGCUCGUGAACGAAUGGAUAAAGCUUUAUGCGAAGGGGUGGACGCUCUGAAGCUGGUCUUGUCUAAAGACUUUGGAGAAAGCUGGAGAUUGUUCAAUGUAGAACAGAAUAUGCCGAUGGGAUGCGAGUUUCCGAAGAUUCAAACCUUCGAGAGUGCUCUUUCUGCCGCCGACUUCGAGUCUACCGUCGAACUCACCAACUUCCCUGCAGUUUUUCGAGGAUGCGCUAGCGACUGGGAUGCGUAUUCUAAGUGGAAUCCAUUCAACAGUGGGCUUGAUUAUCUGGAGGAACGUGCAGGUUCAGUUGAAGUGGAGGCAAUGCUUUCAAGGACGGCUCCGAUUUUCAAUGGUGAUAUCAGAAGCCAUGAGAGGGUAUCAUUGCCGUUCUCGGAUUUUAUCAGAUUCUGCAAGCAGCAUAUGAGUGACAAAGGGAAUGGUUCUGGUGUUGAUGCUAAGUCUGCAGAUUUAACUCCUAUGCCUGAGGACUAUAGACCUGGACAAAUAUACCUAGCACAGUUUCCAAUUCUGAAUGAUGAGAAAGAAGAGAAGGUUCAACUCAAGAUUCUGAGACAAGACAUCCAGACGCCCACACUUUUAGGGGAAAAGUCAUUGUCUUCUAUCAACUUUUGGAUGAAUUCUGCACAAGCUCGAUCAAGUACCCACUAUGAUCCACAUCAUAACCUUUUAUGCGUAGUCUCAGGGCGUAAAAAAGUUGUCUUGUGGCCCCCUUCUGCAAGUCCCUCGCUCUACCCGAUGCCUAUAUACGGAGAAGCGUCAAACCAUAGUUCGGUUGGUCUAGAAAAUCCAAAAUUAUCAGAUUAUCCAAGAGCAGAGCAUUCCCUGAAGCAGUCACAGGAGAUUACUCUUAACGCUGGUGAUGCAGUAUUCAUUCCUGAAGGUUGGUUCCAUCAGGUGGAUAGUGAUGAGCUGACUGUUGCUGUCAACUUUUGGUGGCAAUCAAACAUUAUGUCUAACAUGCAUGAACACAUGGAUUCAUAUUAUCUGCGUAGAAUCACAAGAAGCCUGGUAGUCUCGAAGCCUUCUUCAACUGAUUUAAGGCACCUGUCUGAGCAUAUUGACCAAUCUCACAUUGAGAUGGCAGAAGGUGGGAAUGAUAAUUUAGGCAAUGAAAGCAUUAAAAAGGGCCUCAGCACAUUGCAUGAAAAAGCGUCUCUGCAUGAUCUAGAUCCUUCUGCUUCCCAGGCGCUUCAUGAGCUUAUUUCUUUAGUCCAUGACCACGUUAAUGCUGUUGAGACAAGUAAGGGACUCCAACACACUUCACCCAGUUGUUCAGAGGGCGAAAAAAGCAAGUUCCUGGUGAAUGCAUUAUCUUGUUUAGAAGAUGAUCGUGUUGCCCAUUUGCUUUGGAAUCUUGAAGCAUCUAGACUUCGGGAUGUUCUCCUUGCAAUGGCACGUUAUUUCCCAAGAACCUUAGAAGCAUUAAUAAUCCACAUGCUCUCACCCAUUGCUGCGGAAGUUCUAACACAGAAGUUUGAUGAGAUUGACCAACAGACUGGUGAAGAAGAUAGGAACCAAUUCUUUCGGGAAUUCUAUGGUGCAUUCGAUGAUGAAGCAGCUGCGAUGGAUAUAAUUUUAAGUAGGAAAGAGUCUUUUGCAUUUCAGGCAUUUAAGAGUGUACUAGACAAGUAUUUGGGGGUCAACAUUGCUUCACCUACAAUAAACAUUUGAAGGGUCUUGGGUGUGGUCGUUUGUGGUGGCCAGAUGAAUGUGAUCGGACAAGAGAGUGCAUGUUGGUAGUGCCGUGUUAGUUGGGAAACUGAUAAAAAUGUUGCUGUUGA